AUGGCUCCCCCUAAAUCUGCUCUCGAGUUCCUUGACUUUGUCAACGCCUCGCCGACGCCGUACCAUGCCGUCGCCGAGGCAGCUGCUCUUCUAGACGCUGCCGGCUUCACCAAGAUCCAAGAGCGUGACAACUGGGCGUCAACAGUCAAGCCGGGCGGCAAGUACUACACCACGCGCAACGGCUCGUCGGUGGUGGCCUUUGCCGUUGGCGCGAAAUGGCAGCCCGGCAACCCGAUCGGGAUGGUCGGCGCCCACACGGACUCGCCCUGUCUGCGCAUCAAGCCGGUCAGCAAGCGCACGGCCAACGGCUAUCUGCAGGUGGGCGUUGAGACCUACGGCGGCGGCAUCUGGCAUAGCUGGUUCGACCGCGAUCUGGGCGUGGCCGGCCGGGUGCUGGUGCGCGAGGGCGAAGGGGAGGGCAAGUUUGUGCAGAAGCUGGUCAAGGUGGACAAGCCGAUCCUGCGGAUCCCUACGCUGGCCAUUCACUUGCACCGUCAGAGCAACUUUGACCCCAACAAGGAGGACGAGCUGGUUCCCAUUGCCGGGUUAGCCGAGGCCGAGUUGAACAAGACGGCCGAGGGGGGGUCAGGGACGGGAGCGGGAGCGGGAGCGGGUGAAGCAGAAGGCGAGUUCCAGCCCCUGAGAGCGCUACCGGAACGCCACCACCCGGCUUUCCUCUCGCUCGUGGCCCAGCAGGCCGGCGUGGACGUUUCGCAGAUUGUCGAUUUCGAGCUCGUCCUCUACGACACGCAAAAGUCAGUCCUCGGCGGUCUUAACGACGAGCUGAUCCUCUCGGCCCGGCUCGACAACCUCAACAUGACGUUCUGCAGCGUCAAGGGGCUCAUCGCGUCGACCGACUCGGCAUCCCUCGGCAAGGACACCGGCAUCCGUCUGGUCGCCUGCUUCGACCACGAAGAAAUCGGCUCGCUCUCAGCCCACGGCGCCGACUCCAACCUGCUCCCCGCCAUCCUACGGCGCCUGUCGGUACUCCCAGGCAGCAGCACCGCCGGCAAGACACCACUCUCAGCCUCGGAGCUCGCAGCCUCAACAGCCUUCGAGCAGACCUGCGCAACAUCCUUUUUACUAUCUGCCGACAUGGCACACGCGGUCCACCCCAACUACGCAGGCAAAUACGAGCGCAACCACACCCCAGCCAUCAACGGCGGACCCGUGAUCAAAAUCAACGCCAACCAGCGGUACGCAACCAACUCCCCCGGGAUCGUGCUCGUGCAGGAAGUGGCGCGGCGCGCGCGCGUGCCGCUGCAGCUCUUUGUCGUCAAGAAUGAUAGCCCCUGCGGUAGCACCAUUGGGCCGAUGUUGUCGGCUAAGCUGGGGGUGCGCACGCUGGAUUUGGGGAACCCGCAGUUGAGUAUGCAUAGUAUUCGGGAGACGGGAGGAAGUGCGGAUGUGGAGAGUGCGAUUGGGUUGUUUGCGGGGUUUUUGGGGGCGUUUGGGGAGUUGGAGGGGCGGAUUUUGGUGGAUUAA